AUGAGACUCAUUUCGUACUUCCUUGUGGCUCUGGCCUUUGGGACGAAAUACGUAAUAGGUCAAUCAGAAUAUCAGUAUGUCAUUGCAGGUAGCGGGGCUGGAGGAGGGCCAUUAGCAGUAGAACUCGCGAAGGCCGGUUAUACAGUACUUCUCUUAGAAGCCGGAUCAGACCUCUCCGAAGAUCCAUUGUAUCAAGAUCUCGACAAAGCUACGGAGGCGAGCAACGAUCCAAGGACAAGAUGGGAUUUCUUCGUGAAACACUCCAAUGAUUCUGAGAGGGAAUUGAAAUAUGAGCAUACGACCUGGCGUACCACCAACGGCUCUUUAUAUGUUGGCUUAGAUCCUCCGAGAGGAAGCCAGCACCUAGGCGUGUGGUAUCCAAGAGCAGCAACUCUGGGUGGAUGUGCAAUGCAUAACGCCGCCAUUCUCCAAAUGCCGAGUGACGAUAUUUGGAAUUAUAUAGCUAAUAUCACCAGCGAUGACUCAUGGAAGGCUUCUGAAAUGAGAAAGAUUUACGAAGAGAUCGAAAAUUGUAAUUAUUUACCGAAAGGUUCGGCAGGCCAUGGAUUUUCAGGUUGGCUUGAGACUAACCAAAACGAUGGUUCCUGGCUGAGCAACGCUACCGACGGGGCUACAGUCCUAAAAGCUAUAGCGGAAUUGACUGGUUCAAUAGGAAACGGCACUGGAUCCGCAAUAUCAGACGCUGAACUGAAAGCCUUGUUAAAUAGAGACGUCAAUGGAGUCGAGCCUAACCGCGACCAGAUGACAGGAAUUUUCGCCAUGGCUACUCAUACUGAUUCAGCUGGCAGGCGUUUUAGUCCAGCGAAUUAUAUUAAGAAGGCAUUUGAAGAAAAUCCAGACCUCCCACUUACCGUUCAACUUAACGCAUUUCUCACAAAGAUCUCGUGGGAUCAGUUACAAGGUCCUCCUGCCGUAAUGUCAAUAGACUACGUUGUCGGUCCCAGCGCGUACAAAGCUGACCCUCGGUAUGACCCGAGCCGAAACACCACCGCUGGCUUUAGCUGGGUCGGUAAAGAAUUGAUUAUCUCUGCUGGGGCUUUUAAUACUCCUCAAAUUUUGAAACUUAGUGGCGUUGGUCCGGCGGAGGAACUCAACAAGCACAACAUCACCGUGGUAGCAGAUGUUCCGGGCAUUGGCGAAAAUCUUGGGGAUAAUUAUGAGGGCGGCGUCUUGUCACUCGCAUCAAAGCCAUUUGAGGGUUUUGGUAAACCUUAUGCUGUGCAGUUGAAAACAUCUGCUUCAACGCAAAAUCGUGACAUAUUUUUAUGGCCGGUAAACUCUGCAUUUGAGGGCUUCUGGCCUGGGUAUCCCUCGAACCGCGGCCCAAGCGCGUUUACUCUUCCGUUUAUCCUUAUGGAUUCACAUAGCUCAAAUCGGGGCACUGUCACCCUGCGCUCCACAGAUCCGUUUGAACAACCUGAGAUAAACUUUCAAUUCUUCGAAGAGGAUAGCGACGAGGACCUGCAAGCUAUGCUUGAGGCUGUAAAAUUCGGCCAGAAUAUCAAAGGCUUGCUUGGAAGCUCCGGACUGGCCCCUUUCGACGAACUUCAUCCUUGCACAAGUGAAACCAAAUGUACCGACCAGGAUAUUAAGGAAUAUCUGAAGUUACAGGCUUAUUCACACCAUGCGACUGGAACGUGUGCAAUUGGUAGUGUAUUGGACUCAAGAUUCCGCGUCAAGGGAGUAAACCGCCUUCGUGUGGUUGACGCAUCAGUCUUUCCUAAACCCCCUGGCGCAUUCCCUGUUCUCCCUACAUUCAUGAUAUCGAAGAAGGCAGCUAAGGUCAUACUGGAAGAUGCCGACGGGAUGAAUUAA